AAAUUGUUGGCUACAUAAAUAUCAGAAGUUUAUAUACAUAAUUGCCGUUUGAAGUCGAAUCUGCAGAGUCAAUACUUUUUGCAGAAAGUCAAACACUCUCCAAUCGAAAUUACUAAUUUAUGGGAUUUUAUUGCUUGUUCAUAAUGACUAGAAAGUAACCAUGUAUGAAGUUUGAGUCAGAAUCGCUGUUGCAAUCCAAAAUUUAAUAGGCAGCAAGUUUUGUUUUAAGAGUAAGGUUGCUUAAAAUAAAACUGAAAUCAAGCUUGCAGCAAUAUACGUAGCUCUUUCCAGUUGUACAAUUUCAUAAAUUAGUUUUCCAUGCUUGAAUUGUCGUUCACGAGACUCGAGAUUAAAGGCUUAUGAGCACGACAACGAGAAUAGCAUUGAUUGAUUUUAUUCCUGUUUUAUUCCCUUUUUUUCAACAGCAUGAACAGCUCAUGGAAGCUCUCCACAGUGAAGAUUUGAAUGGUCACACGCCAGCUCAUGUUGCUGUAUUGUACAGUCAAAGAAAGAGCCUACAAAUUCUUACUGGUGUUGAUGAGAAUGUUUACGCUCUUCGUAACUCAAAGACUGGACAGAUAUUGAUUCAUUGUGCUGUUGAUUCGUGCAAUCCAUAUAUCGUACAAGAUAUUCUUUCGGUUCGUCCAGAAUCCCUCUUUGAUAAAGAUGAUGAUGGAAAAGCACCUCAGCAUUAUGCCGCUGCUCUUCGGGAAUCCUUUCUUUUGGACUUUCUCCUCUCGCGCGGUGCAAAUAUUUUGGAAACAGAUAACAACAAGUCAAAAUUGCUUCACGAAGCUGCUCAGGCUGGGUCUAUAUCCAACGUUGAAUUGUUGGCGGUCGAUGAAGUCACUCUCUUACAUGCAACAGACAUGGAAGAGAGAACACCAUUACAUGUUGCCUGUGCCAAAGGUUUCCAAAAUAUUGUCUCAUUUCUACUGGAAAAUGGUGCUGAUCAACAAGCAAGAAGUACAGGUGGUAAAAACUGUCUGGAAGUCGCUAUAAUUCACAAACAAGAGUAUGUCGUUAACGAGUUGCUGAUGAGCAUCUACUGGAAAGGCCUCAUUUGUGAUUGGAAGAAUGGGGCGAUGAAAUGCUUUGCGUACCUUGCUGAGAAGAUGCCCAAUCAAGCCAAAUUACUGCUAGAUCGUUGUGUUGUGACCAGUGAUCACAAGCGUCAUUCGCUUGACUACAAUGUUACGUAUCUGUACGUCCAAUUACUGGCGUUAAGAGUAUUUAACACAUGUCUGUUUCGACGUACCGACAUUAAUAUAUCAAGAAUGCUAAAAGUUUUGCGGCGUAGCUUACUUCAUGGCGUUUGCAUAUGCAGUAAUGUGGAUGCCUGGGAAUAUCUCUCACAGUUUUUCGACACUCAUUCUGGGCUUGUCAAGAAAGGAAAUCUGAUUUUGAAAAGAAAGAAUAUUCGCCGUCACUAAGAAUGCCACAUUAUUGAGAACGCCUUAUUCGCCAUAUCAUUAUGCAGUCUAUCAAUUUCACAAUGAAGAGCGAGAAACCGCGUCGUCACAUUCGAUUAGCAAGCGUUCGAGAAAAUCUGCCUUUCUGCCCGUAACCAAAGGUCGCCUGGAUUCAUCUGUAUUACAAGGGUUAGCCCAUAGCUCUAAUUAAAAAAAAAUUAUAUUCAGUAUCUUUCAAGCAUUCUAACUCGAAUCCUGAAAAUUCAGAUCAUCGAGUUUGUACCUGUAACUUUACACCACCAUCUUCACAAUUUCCGAACAACCAUCUUUCACCCGCGUCAGAAAUCUACAACUGGGUUUGCUGUAAAAGUGACGGCCUUGUACGCCCACCCGAAUACAAUCCGAUGGAUAUUCGAAUGUCAAUGUUCACGACACAAUCGUAUCCGAUGAUGACUCGAUUACUUAAAGAUAAGGAAAAGAGACGAGCACCAAAACGGUUACAAUGCUCUCAAUGUGAAAAAUCAUUCGGCAAGUCGUCACACCCUCGUAACCACUUUCGAACGCACACGGGAGAUCGGCCUUACAAAUGUGAGCACUGUGACAAGGCUUUUACGCAGUAUUCAAACUUGCGGACUCACACGAGAAUCCAUACGGGAGAGAAACCUUAGCGCUGCACACAUUGCAACAAGCGAUUCACGCCAGCUGUCACGUUGCGCAGUCAUACGAGAACUCAUAUGGGAGAAAAAGACUACCCUUGUAAACAAUGUCCGAGAACAUUUUCUUUCAUAUCUGCUUUAAAGGCGCAUGCGCUGAUGCACAAAGACGUGCAGGCAACGUCAGCCGAUAAGAUGAAACAUGAAUUGGUCAAACAUCAUUGGUCAUCAAGUUUCAACGCUUUUUUUAAAGUUAUUUAUAUUUCGAGAGGUCUCGAUAGCUUUUUUUUUUUGCCGUGUGACUUGAAUUGAAAGGUUUUUAUUAUUCAUCUUCAGAUUAAAAAGUACGAUGAAUUUACAUUGAUUUUCUAUAUAUUUAUCAUACUAUACUAAGAAUGACAUGUUAACUUUAUUAUAUAUAUAUUUACAAGAUCUA